GCUGCUUCCUCCUGCCUGCCGGCUGCCCUCCGUCAUGCUGCGGCUCCUGCUCCCGCUGGCCGGCUUGGCGGCCAUCCUCCGGGCGGCGGCUUCGUUGAUCCAAGGCAUCCCUUCAUAACCCCAUUAUUGCCUACUGGAGACUCUGCAGACAGAAAGGAGCGGUCAGGAAGCAAAGAUGAUCUCCUUCAAGCAACUGCCCCUUGAAGCAAAGGCUGCAGUGGCUGCAGGAGUGGUUUUCUUCUCCACGAUGCUGUCGCGGAGUUAUGUGGCAGAAAAGCUCGAUCUCAGGAUGCGGCGAUGGCUUCUAAGGCUGCAGAUGGCACUGUUUGCUAAUGCACUCAUGUUGAUAGGAUCUCUUCAUGUUUGGAAAAGCACAGUGACCACGUUCUCCAGGUCUUCAGCUGCCAGCUCCUUCUGUUUCAUGCCGUGGAAAAUAGCUGUGUUCAUGUUUCUAGCUUUGGCUCAUUCAAGCUUCUUUACGUUGCUAUUUCUCGUGGCAGAAGAGCCUUAUUUCUUUUCUUUAGCUGCCUACACUUGCCUUGGGGCUUAUAUCAUUCUUAUCUUCUUCCUCUUCACUCUAGGCUCGGUAGAGCAGGCUUACAAGUUAUUGGCUGGGAGAAGUGCUAAGGCAGGCACUGGCAACAAGAACAGAAUGGCGAUGAAACCAGUUUUGGCAGUCAUGCUGACAAUUGUGCUGACUGUUGUCGGGUUGUUAAAUGCUUCCCAGCCUCCUAUGGUGAACUCAGUGGAGGUUCCAGUUCACAAACUGCCCUCAACAAUGAAUAAUCUGAAAGUGGUGUUGCUUUCAGAUAUCCACCUGGGGCCCACAGUUGGGAAGACCAAGCUUGCCAUGAUUGUGAGAAUGGUUAAGGCUUUAAAACCAGAUAUCACUGUGAUUGUUGGGGACCUUACUGACUCUGAGGUAGACAUCAUACGACCUGCUGUGGAGCCUCUUGGAGAACUUAACUCCCCUUUGGGGACUUACUUUGUCACAGGAAACCACGAGUACUACACAUCAGAUGUUAGCAACUGGUUUGAGCUGUUAAAAUCUUUUAAUAUUCAGCCACUCCAUAAUGAGAAUGUGAAGAUAGUCUCACCAAAGAGCACUGAUGACUGGUUCUGCCUGGCUGGUGUUGAUGAUAUUGAAGCAGAUGUAUUGCGCUACUCAGGGCAUGGCAUGGAUUUAAAAAAAGCUCUCAGAGAUUGUAGCAGUGAGCAUGCAAUAGUGCUGUUAGCUCAUCAGCCCGUUGCUGCUAAGUGGGCCCUUCAGGAGAGGCCAGACAUCAAUUUAAUUCUCUCUGGCCAUACUCACGGAGGGCAGAUCUUCCCCCUGAACGCUGGAGCUUAUUUGCUGAAUCCAUUCUUUGUUGGCUUGUACAAAGUUGGGCAGAACACCUUUGUCUAUGUUAGCCCAGGGACGAUGUACUUUGGAAUACCCAUGAGGCUGGGUAGCAGAGCUGAAAUAACAGAGAUCAUUCUACGUUCUCCUUGAGGAGUUUUCCAGUUAACAGACUUCUGCCAUCCUUUUUGGUCAGUAUAUUCGCUGUUCUGCUCUGAAAGCAAAUCUGUUUUUCAGGGAAGCCAGAAAAGAUGAUUUGGACUUGAUUUCAGAUGGCUCUGUUAAAUUUGAGCAGAAAACACUAACAAUAUCUUUGGCCUGUGGAGCAAAUGUGGAGCAUGUUAAGAUACUGAAGAAAUCGGUUCUUUGAGCUCAUUAUUACUGAGGUUCUGCAUUUAAAGACAACACUGAUGUCAUAGAGCUAGUGUGUGUCCUGUGCAUGUUUAGUAAUAUGUGUCCUGCAGCUCCUUCGUGUUCCACUGUUUAUUAUCCAUCAGGCAGCUGCCUUAUCUCAGACAGAUAAAGCUCUGAUCCCUUGCAGUGAAAUCACUCAUGCACGUUUUGCAGAAGGGACUGCAAAGUGUCUGAAUGUGUAAACUCAAGAAGCCUUAUGCUAGAAAUGUUAUAGAAAGGGAAUAGUUUGGGUAUUUUUAUUGAGGCUGGGUAUCUUCACCCUGCUAGCUGCAUGCAGCAUGCACUGGAGCUUCUAGUCUGUGCUGCUUACCAGUACAGUAAGUUGCCAGGCAUCAGCUCCCCGAGUUCAUUUCUUUCCAGUUAAAAAGCCUUAUAGAUUGAUAUCAAAGGAUUAAAGUAUCCCUCUUUCUGCAGGCAUUUUACAUAGAAUAACUGGGCAUCUAGUAAUUUCUUACUGAAAACUGCUCUAAUAAAAGCAAAUGAGAAAGAAAAGUCAUAAGUAAUGUAACUUCUGUUGCUCUCUGGGCAUAUGCAAUACCUCCUAACGUAAAGCACAAGAUCCAAAGCUGAAAUACUCAGUCUCUUUUCUCUUGAUUCUCUAUUUUUUUGUUUAUGCUUAUUUUCCUGUCUGUUUUUUUUUUUUCUCUCACAAGAGUAAGGAGAUGCUCUUUGAAAACAAUGCAAAUAAGUUAAGCUUGAACUUCUAAGGUUUUAAUAUUUCAAGUAAAUGGUGUCCUUUUUUAAGAAGAUCAAACUCUGCACUAGGUGGCUUUCCUGAACAGCAUUUGCAUAUCAAUGUCCUGGUUGUCUGAUAGGCACAGAGCAGAGUAACUGCUACAGGAUGAUGAGGGAUGGAGAAUUUCCUCUCUGUCUUUCCUAGAAGGUCUUAACACAAUAUCAUUUUGGGAAAUUUGAGGUAUUAAGAAAUACUAAUAAAAACGUUUUUGCUUCCUUAUCUUUGUGUUCAUGUAAGAAAGCCAGGAUGUAAAUUAAAGUGCAUUUAUUGUCCAGACUGAUGAGACUUGUGUACAUCUUCCUCUCCGCUCCCACCUUACUGUUGGAGUGUGCAGUGCCACAAACAGUAAAAGGCUGGGAAUCCUGCUGCUGCAGCUGUAGCCACAGGGUUUCCUUAGCCUCUGCCUUUCUUCCCACCAGUACUUAGGUUCCUCUCAGUCAGACCCACGUAGCCAGUGAAGUUUUGAAGUUCCACUCCCUUCAGCACCACCUCCAGCAGAGUUUCUAACUGCUAAGCUGCUUUUGUAUCCCGUUCCUCUGCACAAAUGUCUUUGGUUUUCAGUCAAGAGGAAUACUGAGAGAUACUGUAAAUGUGUCACGUGCACUGGAAGAUUGGAGAGUUCAGAAGUCAGUCCUUUUUUUAGCCUGGAAACUGAACACCUGACCAGCUGGGCUCUCUGCUUCCCAGACUAGAUAAUUUCUGUUUAGCAGCAGCAGCUAUCCUUUUUCAAACGUUUCUUAAUGCUUGAGUAUCCUAAAGUUUCCAUGUAUAUCAAACAUUUCCCACUGCCCUCAUGGGAUCCUCAUGAGGUUUUUUUUCUGAUCCAUGGUGUAGUGUCAAAUGGUCUUAGGUAGAGAGAAUCUUGAUAGCCUCUAAUUCUCUGUUUACUUAUAAAAAUGCCUUCAGUUAAAAACCUGUGUUCUGGGUUUAGUAGUGCAGAGUAUUCCUUCUAGGCCAGUGGUCUAGGAAGGCUUAACUGGUUAUACUGAAGGUUAUUACUAUGUUAAGAUGACUAAUUCUUAAUCAAAUUUCCCCAUCAGGAGGCUUUUGUGGGAGUGGUUUUAAAUGACAUUAUUUUCCCAGUGAGUUGCUACUUUCCUUUUUUUUUUUUUCCCAGCUAUUUUUAUUAGUCUUCUCAUUCUGUCCCACUGUGUGCAGAAACUUAGCUGAAGUGGUCCCUCUGUCCCAUGGAUGACUUCAUUACUUUGUACAUGCCCCCUCUUGGAAGAUCUUUUGUGUAUCCUUUCAGCAGCAGAUACACAUCCUUUAAGGAGUGGUCCUAUUAUAAUUUCAUAAGUUUGAGUCCUCCUAAUUUAGUUCUUUUGCAUUUUCAAGUCUCUCCCUCUGAAAGCUUGUUUGCUUGAUGAUUAGUUACCAGUUAAGAUGUUUUCUUUCUGUGCCAAAGCACUUUGAAGCCUUUUCACGUUUUGCCUUUUUGGGUUUGUUUUUUUCCAACUAUGAGUGGAAAAUGUCCUGUAUCAGCUUUCUUUUUAAUGGUAGAAGGAACUAACCUUUUCUAAAUUCUAAGACAGCAAUCCCUAAUUGUCUUUCAAGGCUUUUUCUAUGUUUUUUUUUCCAGUUAUACUUGAAUGUGUAUGAUGCAGACUUGUGUUCAGUAUUCCAGGUGGAAAAAAAAUUGCUAUGCUGCUUAUUUUGUAAUUUUUGGGAUAUUUUUGUAAAUCAUUUGUGUGUGUGUGUGAAGAUAUUUAAUCUGGAGAACUUAAUAAAAUGAAUAUAGAUCUAUUUCUUCCUAUAAAAGGCCAGUUCAUUGUGUGGGGGGAAUUAAUUGCUGUCACAAUAAUACCGGCAUGGAAUAGUGUCAUCAGUUGGUGAAUGUUGUAUUUAUUAUAUAAUCAGUAUAGAGUGGAUUUCAAAAGAUGUAAAUUGUGAUAUAACAAAUGCAUUCAAUGUUGG